UUGUGUCAUUGUUUACAACGUUACUUUUAAAGUUUUUGUUCGUACAAAAUGGAAAAGCAGAAACGCGAAAGAAGCACAAAUUUCUCGCAAGACGAAACGCACCUCCUGCUAUCAUUAAUCGAAGCAAGAAGAUAUAUUAUUGAGAGUAAACGAAGCGACGCCAGUACUUGGCAAGAGAAAGAAAAAGCUUGGAAAGACAUCGAAAAGGCAUUCAACAGUGUGACUAAUUCUGUUUUUCGCGACCACAAACAUUUAAAAAUUAAGUAUGAAGCUAUAAAAAGGGACACUAGAAAAAAGAUAGCAGAGUUCUAUAAAAGUGGAGGAACUAAAAAACUUACGAUUGCAGAAGAGAAAGUGAAAGAAAUUAUGCGCCUUUCUGUCGAUAGCAAUGAAAGUCAGUUUGACUCCGAUUCGGGUCUACCAAGUACUACCCAUACUGUUAUAAAACGAGUGCCUGGUGUGGAAGAAAGCAAUGCUCCUAAUGUUCUUACUAAUGAGUCACGUAAAGAUAAUAUAAUACAAAAACAGGAAAGCGAACCUCCCAAAAAGAAACUAUGUGCAGAAAGGACACCAAUAUUUCGAAGUAAAUCAAAAGAAGAAAUGCCUUUCGAUGAAUUAGCUGAAGAAAAACAUGAAAUAGCAAAGAUUCAAAUGAAAAUAAGAACAGAGGAGCUACACCAGAAAAUAAUACAACGAAAGCUUUUAGAACAAGAUCUAAAACAUAAAGAUAUCAUCUUUGAAUUAGAAAAACAACAGCUUCUUUUAAAAAUACAGUUAUUAAAGAAAGAUUUAGAGAAAACAUGA